CAUAGGUCUCCCAGCGAAAAGGAAGACGACGAUCUGGAUGUGGAUGACGACGGCGCUUCGGCGCCCAUGGACGUCCGUCGCAAGGGCCCUUCGGGGCCUUUGCGGCUCAGUAUGCAGCCCUUGUGCUGCCGAGAAUUUUGGAACUGUUCCCCGGGUUGCGGGACCGUCACACACAUGCUUGCCAAUAAGGCAACCAAUGGGAUAUUUCAGGACGCGGACUGGCUGCUGUCCGAAUACCAGUAAGCGAACCUACCUUUCCGUAGGUAAACUAUGCAGACUGUGUCCGGGUUGACAAGGACUGCCCAUUUCACGUACAAUGUCGGCGCCCAGUACAACUACGUGGCGAACCAACCGACCGUCAUUUUCGAGGAGGUCCACCCCGUUGUACGGAGAGCUCGCGAACUCCUCACUCUGAGGGUUCAGAUGCUCUACCCUGAUGUGGAGUUUAACGAGGUUCUCAAUGUGGGGUACCUUGAGAACCAGAAGAUUAACUUUCAUCAGGACGGUGAGAAGGGCCUCGGCCCUACAUUCACAUCCAUUUCCCUAGGGUGUCCGGCCAUCAUGGAGUUUCGAAUCAAGGCGACAAACGAUCGCCGCCAGCACGCGGACUGGCUACUGCUGGAAUACCAGCAGGCGAACCUCCCAUUUUGCUGUGUCUGGGUUGACGAGGACUGCCAACUUCAGAUUCAAUGUCGGCGCGCAGUAUAACUGCGUGGCCAAUCACCCCUCCUUUUCACUCGAAGAAGCCCACCCGGUUGUACGGAGAGCUCGGGAAGUCUUCACUUCCCGAGUUCAAAUGCGCUAUCCUGAUGUUGAAACCAAGAUCGGAGGAUCCGCUAUGGCGGAUACGAUGAUGGAAGAGCUGUUCGGGUCGGGAAGUGUCGG